AUGCAGCGUCUCAGCUCGUUCGCUCGAUCUCUCAGCGGAAACAGCAGAGCAGCUGAAGUUGACGACAGUAAACCUCAACCGACAAACAAAACUUUGUUUCAAUCGUUCGAAUGGUAUCUGCCUGGCCCAGAGGACUCUUCGGCAGAAUCUCCAUCGCACUACACGCUCUUGACAAAUUUGCUUCCACAUCUAUCAGCCAUUGGAAUCACCCAUCUCUGGCUACCACCAGGCUGUAAGGCGACGAACCCGCAAGACAACGGAUAUGCUAUCCACGACCUGUGGGACCUUGGCGAAUUCGACUCCAAGGGUAGUCGACGAACGAAGUGGGGAACUCGCAAAGAGUUGAAUGUUUUUUGUGCCAGAGCAAAGGAGUCCGGUAUUGCGGUGAUGUGGGAUGCCAUCUUGAACCAUAAAGCCGGUGCCGAUGACAAAGAAGUGGCGCAUGGAGUCAAAGUGGAUUUAAAAGACCGAACGAAGCAGAUAUCCCAGCCACGUGAACUAGAGGCUUGGACCUCGUUCACUUUCCCGGGGAGGGCAGGAACCUACUCUGAUAUGAAGUACGACUGGCGCCACUUCUCGGGUGUUGAUUACGAUGCUCGUUCGCAAGACCAUGGAAUUUUCAAAUUUGUUCGAAAAGGCGAAGAAGGUCGGGGCGACUGGGCAGGUGAUGUUAGUACUGAGCUAGGCAACUAUGACUACUUGAUGUUCGCCGACGUCGACCAUUCGCAUCCCGCUGUUCGGGAUGACAUCCUCGAAUGGGGUUCGUGGAUCACAUCUUCACUUAAUCUGGGUGGAAUGCGACUGGAUGCAAUCAAACACUACUCGCUGUCGUUCCUGCGGGACUUCAUUGCCCAUAUUGAUAAACACCACCCGAACCAGUUUUACGUUGGCGAGUACUGGGAUGCAAAAACCGAAGUCUUGGAGAAGGUCAUUCGAAAGUUCCAUGGACGGCUUAACCUCUUUGAUGUGCAGCUCGUCUACACAUUCAGUGAUUACUCCAAAGGAAGGAUGAUCGACCUGAGAGCGAUUUUGGAUGGGUCUUUAGUUCAAAAGGACCCUGCUCAUGCUGUUACUUUCGUUGCAAACCACGAUACCCAAGAGAUGCAAUCUCUAGCUGCACCAGUGGAGGAAUGGUUCAUACCCCUCGCAUAUUCGCUAAUUCUCCUGCGUCAUAAUGCCGGAACGCCGUGUGUGUUCUGGGGUGAUGUUUUCGGCAACCACGGUCCUCGACCGAGAUUCCCAGCUACUGGGGGUAAGCUUGUACGCCUCAUCGCGGCGAGAAAGCUCUAUGCGUACGGGCCUCAAAGGGACUAUUUCGAUAAAGUUGAUUGUAUCGGAUGGACAAGAUUGGGACACAGAUCUCAAUCGGACGGUGCUGGCCUUGCAGUUCUCAUGACCAAUAGCUGGGAUCGCAGGUCUAAGCAGAUGUUUGUUGGACAAAGACACGUUGGAGAGAGUUGGAAGGAUGUUCUCGGCUUUGAAGACCGAGAAGUUGUGAUUGACUCGAAAGGGAUGGGGAGUUUCCCGGUUGGUCAUCGGUGCGUUGGUGUCUGGGUCAACAAACUGGCACCAGGCUUCGAGAACUUGAGCCGAUUCACCUUCCCGAGAUUGGCACAGGCAAUACCUCCGAUCACAAAUCUGCCAGUCUGA